AUGAGCAGUCACAUGCGUGAAGAUUUAAGUCGAAAUGAAAAAGUUCAACAAGCAAGACGUGUUUUGAAUGAAAAUAAAUUUUCAUUAGAUGCCUGGGCUGUGCUUAUUCAGGAUUCUCAGGACAAAAAAAUCGCUGAUUCACGUGAUUUUUAUGAACAAUUGGUUACACAAUUUCCAACGUGUGGAAAAUUUUGGAAAAUUUAUAUCGAAGCUGAGAUUAAAGCAAGAAAUUAUGAACGUGUAGAAAAACUGUUUCAACGUUGUUUAAUUAAAGUAUUAAAUAUUGAUUUAUGGAAAUGUUAUUUGAACUAUGUCAGAGACACAAAAGGAAAAUUACAAGAGAAAAUGGCUCAAGCAUACGAUUUUGCAUUGGAAAAAAUUGGUUUAGAUGUAUACAGUUAUACAAUAUGGAAUGAUUAUGUGAAUUUUUUAAAAUCAGUCUUUUUUAGUGAUGCUGCUGGAUCGUAUGCUGAAAAUCAAAAAAUAACAGCUGUAAGAAAAGUUUAUCAAAAAGGUAUUAUGACACCGAUGACAAAUGUUGAAUUAUUAUGGAAAGAUUAUUGUAGCUAUGAAACGGGUAUAAAUUCAAUGUUAGCUAAAAAAAUUAUUGAAGAUCGUAGUCGUGAUUAUUUGAAUGUAAAACGUGUAACAAAAGAAUUAGAAACAAUGACACGUUCAAUAGAUCGAAAUAUUCCUUGUAUAUUACCACCCGUACAAACUCAAACAGAAGAAUUAAAACAACUACAAUCAUGGAAAAAAUAUAUUCAAUGGGAAAAAUUAAAUCCAUUAAAAACGGACGAUAUUCUAUUAGUUACAAAACGUUGUAUGUUUGCUUAUGAACAAUGUCUAUUAUGUUUAGGAUAUCAUUCAGAUAUAUGGUAUGAAGCUGGUCAAUAUUUAGAAUCAAUAUCUCGUCAUUUUCACGAUAAAGGUGAUAUGCAAUUAUCAAAAAAAUUUCUUGAUGAUACAUCACAAUUAUAUGAACGUUCAAUAUCAUUAUUUAUGAAACAAAAUCAAUUAAUUCAUUUUUCAUAUGCUGAUUUUGAAGAAUCAAGAUCAAAUUAUGAUAAAGUUCGAAAAAUUUAUCAAAAAUUACUUGAAGUUGAUGAUUCAAUAACAUUUGAUCCAACUUUAGCUUAUAUUCAAUAUAUGCGAUUUGAGAGAAGAUGUGAUGGUAUUAAAUCGGCUCGAGGAAUAUUUAAGAAAGCAAGAGAAGAUCAACGAACACAACAUCAUAUUUAUGUGGCAGCAGCACUGAUGGAAUAUUAUUGUACAAAAGAUAAUAAUGUAGCAUUUAAUAUUUUCAAUUUAGGUUUGAAGAAAUAUGGACAAAAUGUUGAUUAUAUUCUAGCGUAUAUUGAUUAUAUGACACAUUUAAAUGAAGAUCAUAAUGCUCGUGUUUUAUUUGAACGUGUUUUGUCACCCGAUAAUCAAAUUCCCAAACAAAAACAAGCAGAUAUAUGGUAUGAAUUUUUAAAAUUUGAAUCAAACAUUGGCGAUUUACCCUCAAUAAAAAAAGUUGAAAAAAGACGAAAUCAAUUAUAUCAAGAAUUAAAUGAAUUUGAUGGAAAAGAAAUAUUAUUACUUAUUGAUCGUUAUAAAUUUUUAAAUUUAUUACCAUGUGAUUAUGAUGAAUUGAAACUGUUAGGUUACAAUUCGGAUUAUUUAUAUCAUCACCAUCAUCAUCAUCAUACAAGUACAAAAUUAACAAAUGGAAACAGUGUUCAUUAUCAUCCAGAUUUAUUUCAGAUAAAAACGGCCGAUUAUUAUCAUAAAAUUCAUCGUGAUAAACCAAAUUAUCCACAACCAGAUAUUAAACAUAUGAUGCCGUAUAGACCAACAAGAAAUGUAUUGCCCGGUUCACAUCCCACACCCGGUGGAGUAUUUCCAUUGCCCGAUACCGCUCUCUAUCUUGUCAAAGUAUUGCCACCUCCAAGAAAUUUUGAAGGUCCAUUUGUGAUUAUAGAUGAAUUGAUGGAAAAAAUUGCACGUGCUAUUAUACCAGAUACCUAUGAACCAGUUCGUGUUAAUAUCAAUGGUGAAGCAAUUCGUGAGAAUGAUAUGAAUCUUCAUACAACAAAUAUUAAGAAAACAAGUGGUGGUCACGACAGCGAUGAAGAAGAUCAAAACAAUAGUCAAUCAGGAGCACCAAUGGAUAUUUAUCGUCAACGACAACAAAAACGAGUUAAAUUAAAUGAUCAGCCACAGCCACAAUGA